UCGGUCCGGAUGCGGUCGUAAGCUUUUUGGUAGCGCGCGCGAUUCCAGCGGUUCCACACACCACUGCCCCAGUGAACGGCAAUGUGUGACAGGUCUGGAUGAGUUCUUCGAUUUUUUCUUCCUUCCUGCGUAUACGGAUUGCGAUUUUUUCCUUGCCGUCCGUGGUGGUCAUCUGGCGGAGAUGUUGACGAUGACUGUGUGAUGAUUGUCGUCGAUUGAGAGUGCGGCGGCGAGUGUCAUUGCCAAGGGAGAUGACGGCAACGGCGAGGAUUGCGACGUGAUGUUUGGAUACUUUGGGACGCUUCGCGGGUAGUGUGCUGGCAGGUCUUCUGUUGCUUUUUGCAACGAGAAAAGGGUGAAUCCAGGCUGGAAGAAGUGUAUCCCUUUUCGGCAGGGGGCGUUCGUUCAAGUGGAGGUUUUGUGACAUAACCGAUUUCGUGAAGAAGGAUGUUAUUUUCUGGGGGUUCUGACUUUCAUGGUGUCGAGAUAAAAAAGCGGUCCUUCGGAGGGAAUGUUUUUCUUUGCUUUUCGUUUGGUGAAAGAACACAUUCAGGGGUAUUCAUAUCGUCGGCUUAUGGGAAACGUGACCUCCCCAACUUUCAGUAGUGAUUGUUCUACGGCUGUGUUGCGUUGUGGAAAAUAAAUGCAAAUGCCCAAGCCUGAUGGGAAUCGUUAACAGGAAAAACGAGAAGUACCGAAAAAGGCAAAGCCUUUAGAAAAAAGGGAAACAGAAGCAAACCCUGGUGAAACCUUUUUAUUGAUAAAAGGAAGGAAGACGAAACCUAAGAGUGCCCUUGAAGUGAGUUCCCGCAGUGAGAAAAGAAAUAAAAUCUGUCCAAACAAAGUGGAAUGAGGAUGCAGUGAAAGCAAAAGGGCCCAAGCGUGAAGCGAAAAUUGAAAAGUUUACCCGAGUGUUGCUAAUUUGGGAUUCGUGUGAUUGUUUACCGAAGAGUUCGAUAGGAAAGUGGAGUGGCAAAGCCGAAACCAGUCAAGCGGCGGAAGAAAAAUGAUGCGCGAAAAAAAGUUUUCCCCGAGAUUGAUGGAGAUGAGUGCGAGAAUCCGUUGAAUACAGACCGAGCGAGUCAGCCAAGGCUGAACGGAAGAACGCGAGUUGGCGCGUGGCCAGAGCCAUUCGACUCGGAAGUGGAAAACUCAGUGGAGCAAGCACGGAACCGAACAUCAGAAGCAGAAGCAGCGGCGUCCAAUCCAGAAUAAUGAAAUUCAAGUGAAGUACACUGUUCCGGAAACAACCGUCUGAAGCAGAGUGUCAGAGCUCCAUUAUCGUUAAACCCACUCGAAUUUCCCAUAGCUCCGAGCGAUGGAAAUUAAACCAGAGCUGCCAACCGUCUGCAAAGGGGGAGGAGCGGGCGGAUGAUUUCGGUUCCGGGUACCAAGUUUUGCUUUCCUUCUUUCCCACUCAUCUCACCUGGCGGGGACGAUCAAAACAAUGCCAUCUGAUACCGGACACCGAAUGUGAAUCAGUUGUUUCCCAAAGUAUCGUUAGUGAAGUUUGCCCAAAAUCACGGACUCGGUGCGCAACGUCCAGGCCGGUGGAGCGCUCUGGCAGAACCCGGCCGCAAAAAUGCUAAUCAAGGCCAACAUUUGGAUGUACGUGUUUCAGCUUGUUGUGAUGAAAGUUUCAUACAGUGUGCAUGGAUUGGACAGCGUUCACGUGCGGGUCCCGUUGGCGGUGACCCUGGGCAGCCCGGCGGUGCUGGUAUGCGAGAGCGACCUUCUCGACGAGGACUUGUACUCGGUUAAGUGGUACAAGGGGAAGCAUGAGUUCUUUCGCUACACUUCGAAGGAAAUCCCAUCGAUCAAGAUCUUCCCGAAGGCGGGAAUAAACAUCAAUGUUGAACAUUGCAACGCGAGUCACGUUGUGCUCAGAAGCGUAGAACCACACACCAGUGGGAAGUACAGCUGCGAAAUCACCGAAGCAGCACCCUCGUUUCACACUAAAAUAGUCACCAGAGAUUUAAAUGCAGUAGAUUUACCAAACGGCGAACCCCAGAUCGUAGAUAUGAAGCCAUUCUACGGGGCCGACGAGUUUCUCGAGGUCGAAUGCAUAUCAAACGAAUCACUGCCAGCGGCCCGGCUCGAAUGGCUCAUCAACGAUCGACCGCUCGGAGCGAUCCAGCCUCCGUCCAGGCUGGAGUUCGUCACUGUACCGACGUCGAACAGCAGCAGCAGUAGUAGUAGCAGUAGCAGUGCCACCACCGCCGAUGGUGCUCUCAGUAGAAAAUCCACCAAGUCUUCCCUACGCCAAAAGCAGGUUCCUGCGCACAACGAGGCCGACAACGAUGAAGGCACAUCGGCAGCAGCAGCACUGGACAGCAACGCUGUCCAGUACCAUUCGCCGGAGUUUACGAUGCCGGUGGCCGCUGCCAUAGUGGCCUCAGCUGCUGCCCUGUCCCUGACGACGGCCAGUUCCCAAAUUCUGUCGUCCGCUCCGGCGCUGCCAUCGCCGUCAGCCGUGUAUUCCUCGGCAUCGACAUCGAAAAAGUCAUCCUCCGGGAGUGGCAAGAAGGGAGCAGCCACAGCACGAUACGAAACGGCCGUUUCCCGGCUGAAGUUGCUGCUCGGGCACGAACACUUCGACAAAGGGAAGAUUAAGGUGAAAUGCAUCGCCCGGAUAUUCGAUCUAUACGAACGGUCCGCCCAGCAAACGGCGGAUGAAAACUAUCCCCAGGUGCGGGUGCUCUCCAACAGCGACAACGGAGUGCACUUCUCCUUCAUGAGCGAUAAGGACGAAGCGUCAUCCGGAUCGGCACCGCUCCACAACCGACUGCGACUAUUCUGGCCGCCGUGGAUCCAGUCACCGUACCGAGACACCGGCCAAUUCCCAACUACGAUGGUGUGGCCGUCGUCACUCACAGCUGCAUUAAUGGCGGUAUCGUCCUUCUUGGGGGGUGGUCCAUCGUUGAUGGUGCUCCUGUCGUCGAUUGUGGUAGUGCUCCCGUUAAUGGCUUCCUAACGCUGUUGCGGUAGGGUUGGGGUCUGAGCACUGGCGAUGGCUGCCGAGCAGAGCGUUGUACAGUCGGUGUGAGGUUUAUGUUUAUGUUGUUCUCAGCGUUGCUUCUUUUCAAAUACCAAAUACCAACGGCCCUUUUCCCGCGCGUUACAGGGGAUGAUUGGAUCGGAACGAACGCUGAACUUUGAUUUUCCGCUGGAGAAUGAUGUUUUAACCCUCGAAGGGGCAAGCGAGUUUGCAAAAUCGCUUAUUAUGAGUCGAAAAACUUAAUUUCAGUUGACUUGAUCACAUUUAGACAUAUUUUAUUACAUAUCAAGUCAUUUGAAUUUAAGAUUGAAUCGAUUCUGAAGUCUUGGAAAAUUUCGUGAACACGCUUGCGCUAUUGAGGUUUCAAUCCAAUACAGGGGGAUCGUGAACGAUGCCAUAUACAAAAACUAUGUCCGCUUGGUAUCUGCACGGAGCAAAGACCAGAAAUAAUGUGGAUUGUGAAAGCAACAGCGUUUCGUUUUAGAUCCUUGCACGGAAAAGCUUUGUUGUGUAAAAUCGUGGAUAAAAUAUCUAGUGAAGAAAUAAAAUGCUAUUUUUUGUAUUUUAAGCCAGCUACGCUACAAGUGUAAGAGUCUAAAGGUAGUUAUAUGAUAACAAAAAUUGAAAUAUUUGGAAUAAGAUCACAUAGUCAAUAGUUGAAUAAUUAGAACAAUACCACUCUUAAGGGCAUAGUUAAUAAGUUUCGUGUGAACUCACACACCAGGAUAUCGAAUCUGAACUAAAACACGUUCUAAACAAUGAUGGUUGUACAGCAAAUUCACUCACAAACACUAUAAAUAGCAGAAAAAAAAUACCAUCCCGUUGAAAAAAAAUAUUAUUUAAACUUCUGAAAACUGCAUUCCAAAUGUUCAUCAAUCGGGUCUGUAGAGCACGAGAAAACGAGCGAAAUAUCGCUAAAUAAUGCAAUCUCACAAUCUAUACGAAAUUGUACAUUCAAAUGGGAACGUGAAACAGCGGUCACCGUAACUGAAUUUGUGAUCGGAACACAUAGAACAAAACUAGAGGCUGAUUGCUCCUCCCCACCGCUGUGUGGAUGGUGCUGUGGAGACGACGCAAACGAUGGGAGAAGAGAAAACGAAUGUUGUAUAGUGAAAAAGUCUAUUGGAAAAAUAUAAGAAACGAAACCUUCAA